AUGGCAAACCCCUUUGUUUCAUCUAAACAACCCUCACUCUUUCCAAUGACGAUUCCAAGCCUCGACAUCUCAAAGGACGAGUACCGUCUUUUUUACCAAUACGAGCGAGCCCUAUUCAAAAUCUUCCUUCUAUUCUUGCAACGUGAGGUUGUUGAGGCAACACUCGUGAUUGGGUUUCUCCUAUGGCUAGAAAGAGGAGGGUAUACAUCAAACCCUCUUGGUAAAAUGUUCAUCAACUUUUUGUCCCCAAAUGCAAUCAAUGAAGUUGCCGAUGAGGCCCUUAUAUGCAUUAAGUUCUUGCAAAAGAAAGCAAACAACUUGAUGUUUGAGGGAAGCAGCAAUAGUUAUAACAUAACAAAACUUCAGUGUUUUCUUGAUCGCAAACAUAUAAAUUUUGAUGAGCUUAAUCUCUAUGGGGAUCUGAUAUGUAAUGAGGUAUGUUGCAUAGCCAACGAUGUUUCUGUGAAAGCGCUUGAUGAUAUUCUAGAACAAUUUGCCAUCCAUAGCGAGACUCCUACAAUGUACCCUCACCAAGACCCUAUAGUAGCCAACGGUUUUGGUGAUCUCAGGUACAUGGGUACCGCGGUUGGAUUUCAACAAGUACCAUCAGCUGGAGUAGCAAAUCAAGAUACAAAAUUUGUGCAAAACUAUCAGAUGGCGCAACAAUAUCAAAAUCAACAGAUGGUGAGGCAAUCUACAUGCUUAGGCCACAAUCAUACAUAUGUGGGUGGCCGAACGUUUCUAAAUCAUACCCGACUAGUGGAAAGAGGUCUAGAUGAAGAGGUACCACCAGAUGAUCGGACCAUCUUCCUCACCUUUUCUAAAGGUUACCCACUUUCGGAAUAUGAAAUAAAAGAUUACUUCUGCAGGAUGUUUGGAGAUAUAAUACAGUCCCUGCACAUGCAACCAGUUGAAGCAGGUACUCAACCACUUUUUGCAAGGAUUGUGGUUCGAAACCCCUCUUCGCUUAAAGCAGUUAUAGGGAAAGAUGGUCUGCAGGGAAAAUCGAAAUACGUUAUAAAUGGGAAGCAUGUUUGGGCACGAAAAUUUGUCCCCCGGACACCAUAA